AUGGCAGCCAUCGUGGAACCGGUCUCGUCACGGGAGUUAGAAUGCCGCAAAAUCUGUGUCGAACGCUUCAUCUUUGCCAUCAUGUACAGUGUGGCGGCCCAGUACGUGUUGCUGACGAUGUUUCUGCUACUGGUAAACUUUAGUGUGCUGCACCCGAUCGGUUGGCUAUUGGAUUCGUUCCGGUUGCUCUGUUCACUUUCCACCUGGAUGUGGAUCAUGCCACUGAUAAGUGCUGUCAUCGUGCACGGAAUAUUCCUGGCAAAGUCGUAUCUCUCGGGAGUUACCUAUUGCCCGACCAGAUUCCAGCAAAUCUACCGGACUAUCAUACAAAAAUGGAUUCUGCUGGUAGUGAAUUGCGCUAUUGGAUUUCUAACGGCUUGGCUUUACACUCGCUUUCUGCGUGAUGAAUAUCGAAAUCUGUUCCUACCGGCUGAGAAUGGAAAGUAUAUUCUGAAUGAAAAAUAUUUGUUUCUCGUACUCGGAGGGACGUUCGCCGGUGUGUACUUUUUCAUCAAGAAUAAAACCGAGCAAGCCAGCCUAAGUUUUCCGGUUAUACAGCAAGCCCGGUACCAACAGAUACGAUCUCAGCUCUACGACAUCGUCUAUCGGUCACUUUUUAAGUCGGUUGUUCCAACGUUGAUAUAUACGAGCUUUUUCUACACAUUCUGCUGUGUCUAUUUCCGGCACAAAGUGACGGCACUCUUUCAAGGUGUCACGUUGGCCGAAGAGUCAUCGCUGGGGUCGUUCUACUCGAUCCUGAUCGAUAUUCGUUUAUUGCUGUACUGUUGGAUUUUACUGUCUCAAAUCCUGAGCAAUAUGAACCUGAUGCAGAUGUUGUUUCACAUCUUUCUAACCGAGUACCGAGAAUUCCCGCUGGAAAGGUCUUCGAUGGUAACAGAUUCCGAAGUAACUCUGACGGAAGCGUUGGCGAGUAAACAGAUUCUGAUCGUCCAACAGUUGGCGGCAUUAAAUUUGUUCACGAUUGCAGAGGAUCACGAUGGCACUCGAAGAAGCCGACUCUACGCCUUGUCAAUACCCGGUGGACAUCCGUACAAUUGGCGACUGGUGUCUGGGGAGUGUAUACGCCUUAUACGGCACUUUUCAGCCGAAUUGUCCAAAUCGAUUGAAGCCGCAUCAUCGCAGGCACGACCAGAGGUGAACAAACUUCGUCCUACCGCUUCGGGUGAUGCCGAGAAAAUUUUGAUGAAACAGUACAAUGAGAGCUACGGCAUUCGUAGUCUUUCCUCAUUCGCAGAAUCUGCUACAGAUCCAGCAUCAAAACCACAACCCAGUAACAUCUGUCAGACCGUCGAUCGGCGCCUCGAUGUACUGCGCAGUAUGCUCUGCAGCAUCCCUGGCAUCUACUAUCUUUUUGGGGAACCGAAAACCGCUAAACCGUGCUACCUGUUGGCCAGCCAAUCGCAACAAAUCGUUUGGGUCAGUCAGGCUCUGGCGUCGUUGGCAGCACACUCCAUCGCCGAAGACCAGUUCGGGGUUGUUCAAGACGACCUGCCAUCGAUUAUCAGAACAUUGCUGCAUCUGAAACAGACCGUUGACAAAGUGGGCUCAAUUCAGCUCGACGUGAAAAAGGUUGACCGAAACUAUCUGGCACUGAGAGCGGCCAUUCGUAGAAGCUUGUACCGAAUCACGUACGCCUUCGCCGAUUAUCUGAUCGAUAUUGUUUUGGAACCAAACGACAUAAAGGCCCUGCAAGGAUUCAUCAACUACAGGGAGGUGUAG